AUGGCCAACAAGGGGACUUCUGAAACAGAUCCCGAGUAUGCCAGCAUAAUGAAUAUUCUGAAAACUUAUCAGCAAGUAGCAUUGUCGCAGUCAGCCGCUCAAAAAUCAAUCACCGAUGAUCCGAAACCAAUCGACGACUCAAUCCCCUUCUCUGCUGAAGAACGAAACGCUCUCAAAUUCCAAAUGUUCUCAUACAAGCUAUUAUCUGUCAACAAGCCACUCCCUGACGUGUUGCAGAAGGUCUUGUUUGACACUCUCAACGCAACAGGUGAAGAUGUAUCAGUAGCACAGCAGAUCAUAGAAACAGCAUACAGUCAAGCUGAGCCAUCGUCCGACUUGAACCGACCCUUGUUUGGGAAGGGCUCAAAUCCAUGGAAUCUCGUGCCAAAACAAGUAGACUACGCUGGACGACAACAACGACUCUUGGUACCAUCAAUCAUGCCAAUUGGAUUGGAUCCUGUCGCUCUAGCUCAAGCUCGUGAUAGAUAUAUAGAAUCUCGUAUAGCUUACCGCAUCCAGGAACUCGAAUCUCUCCCAUCAAACUUGACAAACACAACCAACCUCGACAGUGGCACCUCAUCCAUCAAACUCAAGGCUCUCAUUGAAUUGAAGGCCUUGCGUUUGAGGGAUAAACAGCGUAAACUACGAGAAGAAGUAUUGCGUACCCACUCUAAAGCUACCACUCUCAACACGGCCGUCGAUCGAGGUGUAUAUCGUCGCUUCAAGAAACACUCAAUGAGGGAUGCUCGCCAAACAGAGCAAACCGAAAAGGCUCAACGAGCUGAACGCGAACGUAGGGAAAAGCAGAAACAUCUCGACUUUACCAACUCCAUCGUCGAGCAUGGAUUGAAACUGGUUGCCUUCCACCGUCAACAAAAGGCAGCCAGCAAUAAAUUAGGAGCCUAUAUAACCCGAUAUCACGCCAAUGCAGAAAAGCUCGAACAGCAACGUCAAACAAAGGCUCAACAGGAUCGUCUCAAAACUCUCAAAGAAGACAAGGAAGACGUAUAUCUCGAACUCGUCGCAAAGGCAAAAAACACUCGUAUCCGUCAUCUUAUCUCGCAAACCAACUCUUAUUUGGACUCGCUAUCGAAUGCUCUUACCGCUCAAAAGGCCUCCAUCGCGGGUGGUGAUAUCAUUGAAGUCCCAGCUGCUGAUGCUGCUGGCUCAAGUGCCGCUGCACCCAGUGGUUACCGAGACGAAUACUAUGUAUCGGCACAUAAAAUCUCAGAAUCCAUCAAGGAGCAACCCUCACUCAUGGUCGGUGGUAAACUCAAGGACUACCAAAUCAAAGGUCUUCAAUGGAUGGUAUCCUUAUAUAAUAAUCGUCUGAAUGGUAUCUUGGCUGAUGAAAUGGGUCUUGGAAAGACAAUCCAGACCAUCUCUCUAGUCACAUAUCUGGUAGAAAAGAAAAAGCAACCCGGUCCAUUCUUGGUUAUUGUGCCAUUGUCUACCUUGACAAAUUGGACGAUGGAGUUCGAGAAAUGGGCACCUUCUAUUCAGAAGAUUAUCUAUAAAGGUGGUCCUGCUGCUAGAAAGGAACUGGCCUCUCAGAUUCGAGCGCAAAACUAUUCCGUAUGCAUCACCACAUACGAGUUCAUUGUGCGAGACAAGGCUGUCUUGUCAAAAGUCAAAUGGGUCUAUUGCAUCAUUGAUGAAGGUCACCGUAUGAAAAAUGCCGAAUCAAAACUCUCUACCACUCUUGUACAAGCUUACUCUUGUCGAUAUCGUCUCAUCCUUACGGGAACGCCACUUCAAAACAAUCUACCUGAAUUGUGGGCUCUUCUCAACUUUAUAUUACCAAAAGUCUUCAACUCGGUCAGGUCUUUUGAUGAAUGGUUCAAUACUCCCUUCUCUGCCACUACAGGUGGUCAAGAAAAGAUUGAACUCAAUGAAGAAGAACAGCUUCUCAUCAUUAAACGUCUGCACAAAGUCCUCCGUCCCUUCUUGCUACGACGUCUGAAGAAGGAUGUCGAAUCUGAAUUGCCAGAUAAGGUUGAAACCGUCAUCAAAGUUAGCAUGUCUGCUCUUCAGCGUCGUCUUUACGAGCAAGUCCGUGCUCAAAGGACUGUGAAUGCUGAUCUCUCCAGGGUUGGUUUCAAGGCUCUAAAUAACAUCAUCAUGCAAUGUCGUAAAAUUUGCAACCAUCCUUUUGUCUUCCAAGAAGUCGAGGAUAUUGUCAACCCAUCUGGAGCUCUCAACGAAGUAUUGUAUCGAGUCGCUGGUAAAUUCGAACUCUUGGAUCGAAUCUUGCCUAAAUUCCGUCGAACCGGACAUCGUGUAUUGAUGUUCUUCCAAAUGACUCAAAUCAUGGAUAUUAUGCAAGACUAUAUGAGAUUCCGUGGAUACAACUUCUUGCGUCUGGAUGGAACAACAAAGUCUGAUGAACGUAGUGACAUGUUGAAACAAUUCAAUGCACCAGAUAGUGAAAUAUUUAUAUUCUUGCUGAGUACUCGUGCUGGUGGUUUGGGGUUGAAUCUUCAAACUGCGGAUACGGUUAUUAUCUUUGAUUCUGAUUGGAAUCCACAUCAGGAUUUACAAGCUCAGGAUCGAGCCCAUCGUAUUGGUCAAACCAAGGAAGUCCGUAUCCUUCGUCUCAUCACAUCCAGAUCUGUCGAAGAAAAGAUCUUGGAACGAGCCCAAUACAAACUUGACUUGGAUGGCAAGGUCAUUCAGGCUGGUAAAUUCGAUAAUAAGACCAGUCAAGAAGAACGUGAUAAACUAUUAGAAGACUUGUUUGGUGCUCCUGAAAAGGAAGACGGUGAAGUCGAAAAGGAAGCCGUCGAUGACGACCAACAUGAGUCUGGAGAAUUGGGUGACGACGAACUCAACGAAAUCUUGGCUCGAAAUGAUACUGAAAAGAAAAUCUUUAAGCAAAUGGAUAAAGAUCGUAAACAGCAAGAAGAAACUCGUUACGGUCGAAACGCUCCAUCACGUCUGAUGGAAGAGAGUGAACUUCCAGCUGUUUAUCUGGUCGAUAUCGAAGCCGAUACUCGUGAACGUGCUAAUGCCCCGGUAGAAGCCACUGGUCGAGGGGCUCGAGCCCGUAACAAUGUAAAAUACGAUGAUGGCUUGACAGAAGAACAAUGGACUAUGGCUGUAGAUAGUGGAGAAUUGACUGAAGUUAUGGAAAGGAGGGCCCGUCGUGAAGCUCGAGGAGUUCGACGCUCCAGUGCUCCUAUAGGUACAGGCUCUGAAGCUGGAUCAGUCACUGACGAAUCUGAUGACGACGACGAGACUAUUGAUCGUGAUCGCGGCAGUAGUGUAGGGACUCGAGAGCAAUCUGCUACUCCUGUACCUGGCAGUCGUAAACGUGGCCGACCAGCAAAGAGUAAACUCAGUCAAGUAGUUGCCGAUAGUAACUCUCCAUCAUCCGCAUCGCCUACACCUCGCUCUGAGGAGAAACGUCCUCGCGGUCGACCUCGUAAAAAUCCUAAAUACGAAGAAGAAGGUCCACGUCGCAAACGCCAACGUAGAGAUGAAGAUUCUGAUCCAAACAUCCCUGCAUGGCGUAGGCGAACCAUCCAGCAGGCUUGUUUGGCUGUGUUAGACGGUCUUGAGUCCAUUGAUGUUGCGGAUGAAGAAGAUGAAGAAGGAAAUCCAAUACUUCGCAAGAGGAUUGACAUCUUCCUUGAAUUGCCAGAUCGUAACGACUAUCCAGACUAUUACUCCCUCAUUGCUGAUCCUAUCGCCUUCGAUAUUAUCCGUUCACGUGUAGAAUCUCUUGGUUAUGGCAGUUUUGCGUCAUUCAAGAGUGACGUAUUACUAGUCUUUGAGAAUGCACGUACCUAUAAUCAGGAAGGAUCAGUUGUAUAUAUUGAUGCAAUGGAAUUGGAUCGAGUUGCACAGGCACUCUUCAAUCAUGUUGCACCUCUCGGCGAGCCUCAAGUCACCAAGGAUGAAGAAGGUGAAGCCAACUUGGAAUUUAUGAGGUCUGGAAAUGCUCCUGCUGGUACUCCACGUCAAGGUGACGAUGAUGGGCCCUCUGGAUUGAAACUCAAGUUGAAGAUGGGUCCUGGUCCCGCUCAGCAAUCACCACAACAGCACAAUCCAGAUCCAGAUGUGGAUAUGGAUGAUGUUUAUCAGGAAUGA